AUGGACUUGGUACCAGGCAAACUGCGCUACCUGUGCAUCUACAACCCGACUCUGGGGACCACGCAAAAGGAGUUACACAAACAGAUCCUUUACUACCACUCGGAAGAUGGUCCCGUGUCUGUGAACGAGCAGCUGCGGGAGAUAGGUCUGGCGCAGGGCAUGGUGGAGUUCAGCAAGGAGCUGAGUGGCGGCGAGAGAUUGACGCACGUGACCUCAAAAAAGACGAGGACCUUGGUGGUCAAUCUGGAGGGCGACAUCUGGGCCGCUCUUUGUGUCCAUCUGCCUGUGGAGGUCAGGAAUGGGGUCGUUGGGGAGUACACCAUGAAGGGGUUGAGUGGAGUUGAUGUGAUGAUUGGAGAGUUGAGACAGUGCUGGGGGAGAUGGAGGUUAUUUAACGAACAUGAUGAACGUGACGUGAGUUACACGAGUCACGUGAGUGGCUUGAAGAUUGAUCUGAAUACAGAUCAAAGGGCUUCCAAUAGCACAGGGUCUCUCGUUGCGACGAAACCCAAGAGCAGCUUAUGCAACGAGGUAGUUCCUGACGAGUCACGUGAUGGUGAGGAGACUAGUGACAAUGUCAACAGCCAGUCACAUGAUCACAGCGAUGCUGACCAGGAAGGUACCACAGAUCACGACAAACCUGAGCCAGGAGACACCUCGACAGUGGUCCAGACCAAUGGGUCGCGUGAACAGUCGCGUUAUGUGCCGGAAGGUGCUACCAAUGUUGGUGUUGGUGCAAGCGAAACAAUUGAACCGGAGAGUUCCAGGUCUGAUGGAAAGGCACAUGAUAGUUCACGUGAUGAGGAAAAUGGCAAAUCUGAUACAGUUGUUGACAAUGGCAAAAAGUCACAUGACCUGUCUGCAUCUCAAAUAACCCAGGGAUCGACCACAUCAGACUCGCUACGUUCGUCGGAUGCUCUCUCCUCCUUUUUCAAUGCCUUUUCCUCCUGCUGGAACCCCAAUCUCCACUCCCGAGGCAUCCUGGACUCCAUUCCAUACACGGAAAUCGACCGGAUCAAACUUUCCGAAGACACUACUCAAGUGAUUGAGGCUGUUCUUUCCAAAGACCCCAACCUGGUUCACUGCAGCAUCGCCCGAAGCGAGUCACGUGACCUUGGUAAUCGCACGCAGGGCCACUCCAAAAUUGUCUAUUCCUCGUCACCCUGUUUCCCGCUAUCUUUUUGGCUUCUGGAAUGUUGCGACAUUGGCGACGAAAUGGCGUUUGCAGAGGAAUCCGGGUUUGUGAGUCAUGUGAGCAUCCGCAAGUCACGUGCCCAACUCGCAGACUACGCCUCCGAGAACCCCAGUCCUAGUCCUACUUAUAUUAGUAAGCUAGGCACCUUGACUCAAAGCACAGUCUCCACUUUGACAUCGUGGAACCCCUGGAAGCAGCAUUACCCCAACUCGGAAGAAGCAAUUGCUCCAGAAGACGAUGUAGAAGAUGGCAAGUUUGUGGUCAAGGGUAGAGUUGCGUGCACCAAGGAGUAUGGUGUUUCCUACCUAGUCGUCUACCAGAGGGCCCCCUUAACUUUUGCCUUACUCUACAAAGACACUACAGACAUUGUCUAUCCCAAUCUCAAUCUCAAGCUCGCCUCUUUGGUGGAGCCUGUGGUUCGGGACAUUGAGCGUGGUUCUGGAAACCCGCAUUACCCUAAACUGCUCGCCUCUCCGGACCCCUUUUACUACAUUGUGGUCGACUCUAAACAAAAGACGCUGACCACGAAUCUUCGUCACGUGCCGUUCGACACGGAGGUGGUCAAUUUUGUGAAUCCCAACCCAGACCCUCACAAUUCGGAGGUUGCGCAUGUACAUGCCCAAUUUGGACGGUUGAUGAGUCAGCAGGAGGCAUUUCUGGGCCACGAGAAGCUGGCCAGGUCUAAUCAGAACUGGUGGUUCUAUUGGACCCGGUUGCCGGACCAACGGCAGAUAUAUAUGGCUAGAAAGUGGCUGAAAAGCAAGCCUUCUGCUGAUGGUCAUAGUGUGGUAAAUGCGAUGGGAAAGAGUGCAAAAUUGUGGUUGGAUGGGUAUGUCAAAACUGGAUUGACGUAG